AUGAACAGCUCAAGAAGAACAGGUCCCUUGAUUGAUGAUGCAAGGGUGCUUGUAAAGGACGUAGAAGCUGUGUUUCAAGAUAAGAGGGAAAUGUAUGAAGAAUUCGUGAAACUCCUACAAGAUUUCGGCGCCAAAAGAAUUGAUAGAAGAGUCGUCAAAGAAGGAGUUACGGAGUUGUUGAAAGAACAUCAAGAUUUAAUUUUAAGAUUCAACAUCUUCUUGCCACCAGGACAUGAAAUCUCACUUCCAUUGGAUGAUGAUUUACAACAACGUGAUCGAUCAGCACUCGAAGAUCGAGCAAUGGCGUUUUUAACAGAAGUUAAGGUUACAUUUGAAGAUAAGAUGGAAAAGUUCAAUGAAUUCUUGAAACUCCUAGCUGAUUACCAAGCCAAAAGAAUUGAUGUAAGAGUUGUCAAAGAAGGAAUGAUGGAGUUGUUUAAAGACCAUAAAAAUUUACUUUCAGGAUUCAACACCUUCUUGCCAGAGGGACACAAAAUCUCACUUUCAUUGGAUGGUGAUAGAACAACAAGGUGA